AUGGACAUAUCAAAGGCUUUUGACAAGGUCAGCCAUACAGUUCUGAUAAACAAACUCCAACAGUAUAACAUCGGCGGAUCUCUUCUCCAAUGGUUCACCUCGUAUCUACAUGACCGCCAACAGCGCGUCACGACUCUUGGCGCUACUUCUUCCAAAAAACCAGUGUGCUCUGGUGUUCCGCAAGAGAGUAUCUUAGGACCAAUACUCUUCCUCCUGUAUGUGAAUGACUUACCAGACGCUGUGACGAACUCGACAGUUGCGUGUUUUGCAGAUGACACCAAAAUCUUCCGUAGAAUUGACUCCAUCACCGAUGCUAUGUUACUCCAGGACGACAUCAAUAACCUUGAAUCCUGGUCCAUGUCAAGCGGUCUCGUGUUUAACGAAGGAAAAUGCAAAAAUAUUAGUAUUACCAGACGUAGUCAACCAAUCCAUCAUGUAUACAGCAUCAAAGGUAAAGAACUUGCACCUAUACCAGCAGAGAAGGAUCUGGGAAUUUGGAUCGCGAGCGAUCUAACCUGGUCUAAACACAUUUUAGACCGGUGUGCUCGGGCCAAUGACGUCCUCCCCGAAGUCAUGUUCCAAACCAGAACGACCAGCUCCUCCAGUGGCAACCAAAUCUCCUUCCGUCCGGCCAAAUGCAAAACCUCUACCUGCCAACGCUCCUUCUUUAUUCGUGCAUCCAGAACCUGGAACUCUUUACUAACUACACUAAGAUCUCCUAACAUUAAUAUUAGGCAAUUUAAAACUGAUUUACAAACUUACUACCUGACAGCCCUGAGAGAAUGCUUCAUCGAAGAAGAUCCGAGGACAUGGAAGACUAUAUGUCUGAAGUGUAACACUAGUCGUUACUUACGUUCUAAACUAACUUGUUGUUUUUAGUCUCCUGUCCAUGUACUGUAUGUUAUAUGUUCUGUACUGUAUGUGUAUUUUUGUAUAAGGGCCCACAGUAAUUGGUUUACACUGUUGUGGUGUCCCUGCCAUUCUUGUCCAUGUUUAUUGUCUAGAUGUCUAUUUGCUGUUCUGUUACGUGUUUUUGGCAAAGUUUAAUAAAUAAAUAAAUAAACAGUGAUUUAACAAAUAUUUCAGAUUGGAUGGCAGCCAAUAAAUUAAGCUUAAAUAAAAGCAAAACUGAAUCAGACUCAAUUAAUCUUAUUCGUUUGUAUUUUUGUGGCGACACAUCUUCUGUCACUGCUACUGGAGACUGA